GCGGAGCUUACAGGUCAGCAGACCGAGCGAAGUACACAAGAAACAUUAAGGACCCGUUCGAAAGUACUACAGAGUACUACAAAGUCCUACAGAGUACUGCGGAGUACUACAAAGUCCUACAGAGUACUGCGGAGUACUACAGAGUAGUGCAGAGUACUGCGGAGCAGUGCAGAGUACUGCAGAGUAGUGCAGAGUACUGCGGAGUACUACAGAGUCCUGCAGAGUAGUGCAGAGUACUGCAGAGUACUACAGAGUAGUGCAGAGUACUGCGGAGUCCUCCAGCUGCAGCGGGGUCCCUCAGAGAUCACAGACGGAGUUACUGCAGGUGAUGAUGUCAUCAGUGAAGGUGGAGUGUGCGGUGAAGACGGGCUCUCUGAUUGGUGAAGGCCCUGUGUGGGAGGAGUCUGAGCAGACGCUGCUGUUUGUUGAUAUCGCAGGGCAAAAAAUCCACCAAUGGAGUUCAACGACCAAUCAGAUCCAGUCUGUUGAGACAGCUGACAUGGUUGGCUUCGCAGUUCCUCGCCAGUCCGGUGGUUAUGUUGCCGGUGUGGGUCGCAGCAUCGUGGCUGUUGAUUGGUCGACUCAGAUGAUGUCAUCAUUGGUGGAGGUUGACGAGGACAAACCGAACAACCGACUGAACGACGGGAAGGUUGAUCCAGUCGGACGCCUGCUGGCAGGUACGAUGGGGAAGGAGGUGCGACCUGCUGAGGUUCAAAGACAACAAGGAUCUCUGUUCUCUGUGACCUCUGACCUCAUUGUGACCAAACACCUGAACCAGGUGGACAUAUCUAAUGGUUUGGACUGGUCUUUGGAUCAGAAGACGUUUUUCUACAUCGACAGUUUGUCUCGGACGGUCGACGCCUUCGACUAUGACUCACACUCAGGACAAAUUGGUAACCGUCGUGUUGUCUACCGUAUGGAGGAGGGGGAGGGGUUACCAGACGGGAUGACACUUGAUGUUGACGAUCGUCUGUGGGUGGCCUGUUAUAACGGAGGACGAGUCAUCAACAUCGACCCUGCUACUGGUGUGCGGCUGCAGACGGUCUCUCUGCCAGUGAUGAAGACCACCUCGUGUUGUUUUGGAGGUCCAGACUUUUCUGACCUCUAUGUGACCUCUGCCAGUCUGGGCCUUGACCAAUCAGAGAAGAGACAGCAGCCACUGGCCGGAGAUACCUUCAGGGUGACAGGACUCGGGGUCAAAGGUCGCCCUUCAAACUCUUUCUCUGGAUGAUCUUCAAGAGACUCAGCCAAUCACAGCACAGACUAUCCGCAGGAAGUGAUCAACAGUCUGAUUGAUUAAUCACAAUGAUCAGAAACUGUUAGCGUCAUAUUAGCUGUUAGCAAUCAACAGUUAUUGAACUGGGUCAGUGAUUAUUAAAAAAUGGUUAAUUAUAAACAGACAAAAUAUUUAGCUCUAAUUUAAUGUUGAUGUUCACAACAUAUUUAUUUGUUUAUAAAGAAAAGCCAAUCAAAGCAAGGACAAAUGUUCACACUGCUUCACUCUGGGAAUGUUAGACAAAUUUAGUUUGUAGUCAGAGACUGUUCUGUGUUCUGUAAGUUCCUUGUGUAAGUUCUGUGUUCUGUAAACCUUUCUGUUUCCAGAAUGCUUCCCUGCCUAACAAAACUAACAAAACUAACAACUACUCUGUGCUCCUUUACACCUUUCUCAGCUUAUGUCCUCCUCUGUAAAUCGCUUUGGAUGAAAGCGUCUGCUAAAUGCAAUGCAAUGCAAUGCAAUGCAAAGUUAUUUCACUAAAAGUUGAUUUUAAUAAAGAAUAGAUUACUGCUA